ACCUGCUGGCUAAUAGUUACAUGUCGUCUAAGUUUCUUUUACACACCAAUAUGGCAACCAGGUGGGGAAUCUGUAGCGCCGGGAAAAUUAGCCACGAUUUCACAGUGGCACUGAAAACCCUACCUCUCGGAGACCAUCAGAUUGUUGCUGUGGCAGCUCGGAAACUACAGGACGCUCAGGAGUUUGCAAAGAAGCACAGCAUUCCUCAAGCAUAUGGCAGCUAUGAGGAACUGGCCAGAGAUCCAGAGAUUGAGGUGGUAUAUGUAGGCACCAUCCACCCUUACCACCUGCCAGUUGGCAUGCUCUUCAUGAAGGCCAAGAAGAAUGUGCUGUGUGAGAAGCCUAUGGCCAUGAACCUCAGAGAGGUGCAAGAGCUGGUGGCCUCUGCUAAGAUGAACAAAGUCUUUCUCAUGGAGGCAGUGUGGACCCGCUUCUUCCCGGCCUCUCUGGAGAUCGAGCGCCUGCUGUCUCAGGGAGAGGUGGGCGAGGUGACGAUGGUGAGGGCAGACUUUGGGGCCCUCAUGCACGUGCCCAGAGCGGUGGAGAAGGAGCUGGGAGGAGGGGCGCUGCUGGACAUCGGCAUCUACUGCCUGCAGUUUAUAUGCAUGGUGUACAAUGGAGAGAAGCCUGAGUGCAUCCAAGCCACCGGUGUCUGUCUGGACACAGGUAUGGAUGAAGGCAUGGUUGUCACGCUGAAGUUCUCCAGGAACAGAAUGGCAGUGUUCACCUGCUCUAUUGCUGUGGAGCUUCCCAACGACGCUGUUAUCGUUGGCACUAAGGGCACCAUCAGGGUUCCUGAGCACAUGUGGUGCCCUACCUCCCUAGUAGUGAAUGGGAAGGAGACUCAAUACCCUCUGCCUGAGCCCUACCUGCCCCUCAACUUCAUCAACAGCACUGGGAUGCACUAUGAGGCAGAGGAGGUGCGCCAGUGCCUGCUCAAAGGCCUGAAGGAAAACCCCCAUCUGCCUGUGACAUCCUGGGGCGGUUUACAGCCAUGA